UGUUUGGCCUCCUUCUCUGAGGUCGGACCAGCUUUUGAAAGUGAAGAACAUGUUUAAAAUUUUGGAUCAUUCAUGGUUAUGGUGAUUAAUGUAAAGUAGAAUGUGUUUCGGCAGUUUAUAAUAUAAAGGGAGUAUAACUAAGCAAUCCUAUGGAAGUAACUGUAACGGAAAGACAAUGACAGAUAGAAUGGCGCGACAACAGGGCACUGCUUCUGUGUAGAGAAUGUACCAUGUCUGUUGCCACGUGAGCACGCGCCACAGACUAGUAACAUGUACCUGCCUCAUCACAAUGUAACAGCAAGAUGCUGGAUUCAGUCUCCGCAACAACUCCCGUGGACACGUACCACACACGCGCCUCAGUUCCUCUGCGUGCUGCGCCCUUCGUUCGACGAUUGAGAGUGCAAGCCAUGUACAUAACACUAAUUUAAAUGGACAUCUAUUACAUGUGUGAUUUGUUGGAUUCGGAAUUCUUCUAAGGAAUGGAUUACUAGGUUGUGUGCUCAUUUAAUACCUAAUAUGGAUGUCAGGGGAAAUGUGUAUAUAUAAACGUGACAAAGUCCCGUUUGGAGGAUUGCGCAGAAAGUGGAUUCACCAGUGUGUUAAUUACUGCGACGAUUCUUUUUGGAGUUCUUGAUAAGAAGAAAACUGGGAUUAACAUGAUAUCAAUGCAAGUUUGGAAGCCAGGGCAGCCAUUAAAUAUUUACAGUACCCAUGAAGAGAAGAUUGUGUUUUCACGUCGUCGGUGUCUCCUGGUAUAAAACUCUUCUGGAGAGGAUGAUAACUUAUGCAAAGUGUAGCCCCAUUAGUCAAUAGAGGCGUUACUGGACAAGGCUAUCAAUUUCGCCAAAUGUCAAGAAAAGUCUACGUCCCUUGUCCUCUUGGCUCAAUGAAUAGGAAACACAGGUGGAACAAAAAGCGUCUGCAUGAAGCAGAUGUGUAAUUUGAGUCAUGUUUGUGCCCCGUGCGCAUGUGUACCUUGAAAGGCCAAAUAAAAAGAGCUGGUUUUCUGGCGCGUCCCGGCCAAAGAGUAGUCAACCGAAACACAAGGUAAACUUAGUGGAGUAUGUACGAAUGCCAUGCCUCAUCCCAACGUUUGUUGGAACUAUUGUGGGCUUUAUGAUAAUAUGUGGUGGAACAGUUUUAUGUUUAAUGGGUUAUAACCCAGGGAAAUUUCUAGGAUACUCAGCAAAAACAACGAAUAUUUUAAAUCCUAAUAUAUCAUCAGCCAACAUCACCGAACCUACCUUACUUGUCAGCACAGCACCCGAGAUACCUAAUCUCAAAGUGUUAACAUACAUAGGCCCAGUAUUCAUGGGAAUUGGUUUCUUUGUCAUGAUGGUAGCUGUUGUUCUUUAUUGUGAAAUUAAGGACAAAUAUGUGACACAUAUUCUCCCGGACCGGGACGUCAAGCAACUUAGAAAAGACGAAUUAUAUGAUAUGAUCAUAAGUGAAUUUCGGAAAAAUUAUUUUCGGGGAAUUGAAGUACCGUUAAAACCAAAAACUGAUCUAAAAGAAAAUCCGAUAGAGAAGGAAUUACCGACAUUGUUCAAAGCACUCAGUAUUAGCACACCAGCGUUGCUGAUUACACCGGAAAUGCAGCGGAAAUGGCGGGAUAGGGACAGAGUUAUGUCAAUAUCAGUGCCAAUCAGUGCAAAACAGGUCGAACGGGUGCGAGUAGUGCCCAUAGCAGUUACACGGAGGGAAUCAUGGCUCAAGACGUCUUCCCUUCCAAAUAUACGUCCGAAAGGUGCCAUCAGAGAGGCAAUGCGCGCAUCGAAAAAAAGCAAGUCUCAAUUUGUAAACCAUAGAGAAAUAUCGAAGAGUUUUCAGGAAAACAUAAGUAAUUUGACUACGACAAAAGAGGGUCCAGGAUGUGAUAAUCCUGCUUUUAGGGACUCGCCUACUGAAACAAUUAAAUUGACACAAAUAGGGCCAAUACUUUCCCCAGAUUCGCCUGUAUUCUCGCACGGGACACAUCUUACGAAGGUACAGGUACACAUGGAAGCAUCUCAGCAGGACAAUAUGCAAGACUACAACAGUGCGGAUGCAAGAGGGUACACAUUGCGGAGGGAUUCUAUUCAGGAAGACCCAUGUGAACAGCAGCAGGAUGUGAGUGAUUCGCCGGAUGCACACAUACCACAGGGUUAUAGGUGUAGUUCACCGGAUGCAUGUUCUGUGGUAAUAGACGCUGAUGUAUCUCCAGAAGACGUUGUGAUAGAUUGUGAUUCGAAGGAAUUGUUAUUAGGUAAACCCGCAAAACAUGAAUUGACGCGUGUGAAAUCUUUGUAUAAUCUAUCGGAAGGACGUGAUUACAAGGUAGACCCCGGGCAGGUAGGGCCAUACAAAACGUGUAUCGGUAUAUUUAGGAGCGAAUCGUGUCUAGAUCAGCUACGUAAUCAUUAUGUAGAUGUAGACGAUGACGCAAGUUCAGAUGACUCAUUAACCUUAACAGAUGAUGUCAUGAAAUACUUUGACAAAACAGAUUUGCUACCGGUAUAGUGUCCACCAUUCCAACACAUCACUUUUUUUAUGUCCGUCAUUUUGUCGUUGUCAUUUGUAAAUAUGAUUUUCUUUUUUACGUAUUUUGAUAUUGUUACUUGUGUAUAUAUGUAAGAUACCUGGGUGUAAAAGAACGAUGUCUUUCUUCGGGUGUAGUAAAAAUAUAUAAGGAAAUUUUGACUUUUUAUACGAAAUAAAAUACGGUUAAUGGUUUGUGUAUUCUCCUAAUUAUGUAUUGUGUUUUAUCACAAAUAACUGAUAUUUCUAGUACUAUUCCAUACUGAGUAUGUAUGUUAUACAACGUAACUGAUCGUGCUCUCUGUAAAGAUUAAGAAAACUCUUGAUGUGUUCCGAGUGUCAUAUUUUUCUACACCUCAACAUUCCGUCGUACCUCAAACAAGUGCAUUAAUAGCUUAAGUUAGGAAUGUUUUGUCCCUCUUCAGUUUAACGUGUCUAGUAUUACAUGAUACCGGAAGUACCCGAGUAUAUUGUCAUAUUUGUACCUUUUGUCAACGAACCAUCAUCGUUUUUGUAGAUUUAUAUAUAUAUACCACGUUGAUUCGUAGUGGAUUUGUUACGGAAUAUGCACGUUGAUCAUGUAUGUAACAAGAAUUUAAUACAGCUAACAUGU